CACUCAGUUCAGGAGGCUGAACCUUCGGAAGGCGGCGGGUCCGGACAGAGUUUCCCCUGCCAUCCUAAAGCAUUGUGCUGCAGAGCUGGCUCCAGUGUUCACGGACAUCUUCAAUGCUUCCUUGGUGUCCUGUCAUGUACCUGCCUGCUUUAAGUCCUCCACUAUCAUCCCUGUUCCCAAGAAGGCCAGGAUCACAGGACUGAAUGACUACAGACCGGUGGCACUGACGUCUGUGGUCAUGAAGUCCUUUGAGCGCCUGGUUCUCUCUCACCUGAAAUCUAUCACUGCUUCUCUCCUGGACUCAUUGCAGUUUGCCUACAGAGCCAACAGAUCUGUGGACGAUGCAGUGAACCAGGCCCUUCAUUUCGUUCUGGACCAUCUGGACUGGCCAGGAACCUAUGCCAGGAUCCUGUUUGUGGACUUAAGCUCUGCCUUUAACACAAUUCUUCCAGCUCUGCUUGAAGACAAGCUUGGCCAGCUCGACGUGCCUGACUCCCUCUGUAGAUGGAUUACAGACUUCCUGACCAGCCGAAGUCAGCGUGUGCGGCUGGGGACGACUGUCUCUGACACUCGGACCCUCAAAAUUGGGUCUCCUCAGGGCUGUGUUCUCUCUCCAUGGCUAUUCUCUCUGUACACUAACUGCUGCACCUCCAGCCACGAGUCCGUGAAGCUGAUCAAGUUUGCGGAUGACACCACCAUCAUCGGGCUCAUCUCAGAUGGAGAUGAGUCGGCUUACAGGAGGGAGGUGGAGCGGCUAGUGUCCUGGUGCAGCCACAACAACCUGGAGCUCAAGGCCCAGAAGACAGUGGAGAUCGUCAUAGACUUCAGGAGAGUAACAGUUUCUCUGUCCCCUCUCAUGUUGGCUGGUUUAGCCAUUCCUAUUGUGGACUCCUUCUGCUUCCUGGGAACCACCAUCACUGAGGACCUCAAAUGGGAGCCAACCAUCAGGUCCCUCAUCAGGAAGGCCCAGCAGAGAAUGUUCUUUCUGAGGCAGCUACGGAAACUACGACUGCCGACGAAGUUGCUGGUGGAGUUCUACACGGCCAUCAUCCAGUCCAUCCUCACCUCCUCUAUCACCAUCUGGUACAACAGCGCCACCUCCAGGGACAAGAGCCGACUGCAGCGCAUCGUACGUUCUGCUGAGAAGCCCUCCUGUCCUGCCAUAUGGCGUCAUCAUCAGUUGGUGCUUCAAUAUCUGUUUUAACAUCGGCUAGCUGCUGGUCUGGGACCGAGGAAUAAUGAAUGCUGCCCUGGUGUUUCUCAUCCUGGUCAUCCUCACAAACUACUCAAUGGUCUUCUUCAUCUGCCAUGGACUUAAAACCUAUGGAGCAUGGCUCAACAAAUACCACAAGGUGGACCUGUGGCUUCUGCGUAUCAUUGUUCAGAAUGGAAUUACGAUUUACACAACCUGGACAACGCUUGCAACCCUCAUCAACCUGGCUAUUGUUCUCCAAUAUGAAGCUGAAUUGUCUUCAACCUGUCUGCAACCGUGUCAUACUCAAUCCUGGCCUGUGUGUUACUUGUGUGGACUGAAACUCCCGUGGUCCAACAAGAAACAUCCGAAAAUCAAUAAAAGUCCCUAUCAACAAAAACAGAAAGUGGGCCAAGUUCAGAAGAGUCCAAGAGCCUGAGCAUCGAGAAAACACCUGUGAAGACAUCGCAUCUAGGAAGAGAAACAACUCCCUUUCUACAGAAACUCAAAGAAGUUGGACAGACCAAAAUGACAAGGUCGAGGAAGCAGUUGACACCUGUGAAAAUACCACCACAGCCCAGACCUGAGCCUGAUGAUGAUUUUUUGAUUCUGGAUCUAGAUGAUCCACUUUGGAUUACCAUCCCAAAGAAAAACACAGCACAGUUGAAAGAAGGAGUUCGCCAGAGACUGCACCAAAGGAAGAGGCCCCUAAGGCGGUCAUGCAUAGUCUGAAA